UCCCAUAAUGCUUCAUGCUACCGGUUUCAGUUAUGCUUAAAAGUAUUAGCUGUCGUAAAGUAAAUGUUAUGUUCGCAAAAAAACAGUUAUUUAUAACGAUACAUGGGUUUAGUUAGACAUAAAUGGUACCGUUUUGUAUUAUGUGCUACAGUUAUUGCUUUUUUGGUCGCUUGCUACCUCAAAUUACAGUCACUGUCAAACUCCAAAGUCGUAGGAUCAAUGAGCGAACACACACUGGAAUAUUUCCUCAAAAAGGGGACGAUACAAAGAAAAGAUGCUGCUGAUAUUGAAUGGUAUCAUGCAGCAAACAGCAAGAGCAAACUCAUAGAGGCUCUUCGAGGUUCUGCACAGAUGAUUGAAGCCGAUGUUCUUCUCAGGGGUCAAGAUCCAAAAGAGCCCAUUAUGGCUCACCCGCCUGACAAUGAUAGUGAUAUAACUCUGCAGGACUGGCUUAAAGAAGUUGUGAAAUCAGACAAAGGAAUAAAAUUGGACUUCAAAAGUCUCGCAGCUGUAUCCCAAUCCAUGAUUCUACUUGAAGAGGUCCGAGAUCAGCUGCAGGGACCCGUGUGGAUCAAUGCUGAUGUUCUUCCUGGCCCUGGUGGCAAAGCCACCCCUUUGAACCCUCAUGUUUUUCUACAGGAAGUGGCUCAAAGAUCAGAAAAUGAUGUUCUCUCUUUGGGUUGGACCACUGGAUGGGAUGUAGAUGUAGACAAUCAUGGCUAUAGCUGGGAGAUGGUUCAUCAGAUGGAAGAAUUAUGCAGAUCCCUAAAGCAACCAAUCACAUUUCCAGUCCGUGCAGCUCUCAUUCCUGUGUCCUUCCCACAGUUCCAGUGGCUUUUAGAGCGUUCAGACCGGUACAGCCUGACUGUAUGGACAGGCAAGGAUGAUGUUCUUAAUGUGGAAUAUCUGUUGCCCUACAGGCAAAACUUCAGUAAAACCAGGAUCUACUAUGAUCUGUUAGAAUCACAGUUCAAGCAAUUUAAAGGACUACCUGGCUACUCCUACAAAAGCAAUUAAACUUACUGACAUUAGCUAUGUUUCUGUUCACCUAUUUUUAUGCAUAUUUUGGGAUGCACUCAAUAGAGGUGGAUACAUUUUUAUCCGAUAAGAAGACAUGCACAUAAUCUACGAUGUAAAUACAUUUUCAGAGUAAUUCCCUCAAUGCGCAACAAAAAAACUCAAGUGACACUGCCUCAGCAGAGGAUGUGAUUGGAUAACUGGACUAACCAGCGGAACAAUUGCAUCACACAGAAUCUCAAAUGUUGGUUUGGUCAUUCUGAAAUGCCUGAGUCAAAGUCUGUCAUCAGAAUGAUUUGGCUUAUCAUGAUUGUGUUUACAAACACCAGACAUCCAGACGCAAGAUAACAUGACAGCGAUUAUUACGUUUCGUCAUUUAUGAUGUAUGAAAAAGAGCCACAGUGGCUUCCAUUUUUAUUACAGAUAUUUUGCACCAAUUUCCCAGGAAGUUACAAGUUUUGAUGGAAACUCUGCUUUAUUCGCAGAUGUUUUAUGCGAUAUUCCAAUUUUGCGCACAAGUUAAAUUCGCAACUUUUGAUGGGAAGAUAGCUAUUGACUUUGCAAAGUAUAACAGCUAAACACAAUAUGCAUGUACUGUAACACAUAAAGACAUGUAAAUACACCCUAUGUACUCUGUAUUUAAGUCUUAGGUUUUAAGGUUUACACAUGAGUUUCAUUGGUUGUGUCAUGCUUAACUUACUAAUGUACAAAGGAAAAGAGAAAUGCUAUAUUUUUGUAAUCUACAUUAGCAUUUUGUCAAAUGAAUAAAAGUAUGGGACAAA